CCCCUGGGGCCGAGUAACGUUUAAUGCUCGCGCGCGCGGUUUUUUUAUUCUUUUAGCUUCGGACCCGGCAAGCUGACCUUUGGAAGCGAAGAGGGUACGCAGUCACCCCGCAAUGUCUGGUGAAUCGGAUCAGCCUCAGGCUGGCCCAUCCCAGGCUGGGGUCGAUAUGCCGAACCCUGAGAGAAAUCAGACUGGGGUCCCGGGAGGUGUGAUCCGAAAGGUCAGUGCCUUAGGGCGCCAGUCCUGGAUCCAAAAGGUUCUUGAGCAAGUAAUAGACUCACCUCGCCAGUGGGUCACCCCAUCGGAGGUGGUUCCUGUCGCAGUUUUGGCCGUCCAGAGAUACCUGUUAGAGGAUGAGCCACGCGACGUGGAACCUAAACCUCCGCUUUACUGCUUUGAUGUGACAAUCUCGGACGGGGUGUACCAGGAGAAGUGCUACCUGGACCCCAGCCUGAAUUCUCUCGUAUAUAAAAAUAUUCUCAAAGUUGGCAUAGAAAUGAGAAUUUCCAGAGUCUCGUGCAUUUACAACGAGAAAAGAGUAGGCCAGGGAAUCUUGUGCAUAGAUAACGUUCUCUGUGGGGAGUUGCUGGAAUCUGUUUCUCUAGAAACUCCCUUCAGAAAUAGUGCGCACCGAGAGGUCCCCGAGAGACCUUUAAGAGGCGGAAAAAGUCAUUACUUGCCCCUGUGGAAUAACGAAGAUCCGUAUGGAGAUAUCUGGCUAAACAAUAAGCAGCCAGAGGAGCACAAUUUUAACAAUACCAAAAUAAUUUCCCUUUCUCACCUUGAGAUGACCUGGUCUAAUAGAAAGAGUUUUCCUGCAUUGCUUGUGAGAAUCUUGCAUAAAUCAAAACUGCGAUACUAUGGAAAACCCAAUAAAAAGAUGAUUGAGCCAUACCAGACCUUUUUGGAAGUUGCUGACAGCUCAGGCACAGUGUCCGUGAUUAUGUGGAAUACCCUGUGUCCUGAGUGGUACAAAAGUCUGCAUGUUGGUUUAGUUCUUCUGCUUCAAGAUUAUUCUGUUAAAAAGAGUUAUCCAUUCAGGAUGCAGCCUCUUCCUGUGGAUCCACAGAUCAAACUAAUUUCUACAAUGGAAAUCUGCCUGAAUAUUCGAGAUCCUCCAACUAAUAUAAUUAUCAUCCCAGAAAAGCAGGUGAAACCAGAAUGGAGAUUGCCAAAAUUAAAUCACCGUUUUGUUACGAGAUCAGAACUGGAUAAGAUGCCAAAUAAUUCUAUCUGUGAUGUUAUUGGCAUUUUGGUUUUUGUAGGAAGGGUCCAGCGGACAAAAAAGAAGGAUAGCCGUGAAGAUUUUUGGUCAUAUCGCUGGAUUCACAUUGCUGACGGGACUUCAGAAAAACCAUUUAUAGUGGAGCUGUUUUCAACAUCUCAGCCAGAAAUCUUUGAACAUAUUUACCCAAUGACAUAUUUCAUGUGUACACAGCUGAAAGUUGUCAAAAAUGAUGCUCAAGUACCUAAACUGCUUUACCUGACCACAACAAAUGAGAGUCAUAUAUUUAUUACUGGUCAUAAAGGCCAGCCGUAUGCCAAUGAUGCCAAGGUAAAAAACUUUAUUCAGUGGAUUAAAGCGAAGAACGAUUCUGGCGAAGUGAAGAAUACUGUUAUGGGUGGAUAUUACCCCUAUCCACCAGUGCCAGAGACAUUUUUGAAGUAUAGUAGUUCUCUUAAAGUUGAAUCACUCUUGACAGCUCUAAGUGAAGUAAAGGUGGAGAUUGAAGACUUGCAGUAUAGGGAACAAAAGCGCAUUGCAAUUCAGGGAAUAAUUACCGUUAUAAAGUAUGUCCCGCAUAGCAGUGCAACUGAAAGUGCCUCAGCAUCUGAAACACUACGGAAUGCUAACCGACCCUCAACAUCUGAAGCAGCUAGAAAAGAAAGUCAAAGUCAGGAAAAAGAUGGUAAACGUCAUCACGAUGAUGGUUCUGGAAGUUCUCAGUGUUGUCGUUCUGCACAUGCAAGUUCAAGCCCUGUCACGAAGAAAAAAAUUAUGCAAACCCCAAGUGGCAAACAAAUUCCUGUACCUCAGCCAGAAACGUCUUCACAAACAAAAGGAAGUACACCAAGCAUGCCAAGCUCCUCCCACUCAGGUCGAGAAAACUCCAGUGGUGCCUUCGUAGCAAAAGCCAGAAAAACUAUAAGUGACAAAUGGGAAAGUCAGCUGUGGAGAGAGAAGAAGUUCGGCUUGAUAGAUCACCUGCAUUACAGCCAGGUUUAUCCUGAAAGUAUUCCACGAAAAUUUAGUUUCGAGCACAGACAUUUUCUUAGUCGUCAGUUUAACUCUCAGCCUGCAAAAUACAUACCACCAGAAGGAAGGGUCCCAAAACUUGAUAAUUUCAAGAGCGCCCGAAGCCUUGGACAUUUUGAAUUAACUAUCUUAGGUCUGAACCAUGAGAUAGCAAUUGAUGUGGCUUUCCUCCCCAUGUAUUCUCCACAAGAUAUCCGAACAUCUCAAGUAGACACAUUAUUAACCUGCAUGAAUUAUAGCUGUGUGUAUCCACAGGCAUCAACUGCCACUGAAAAAGUGACAGGUUCAAGAGGACUUGCAGGUGAUAUUAUCAAAGCAGUAGCUAAAAUGGAUAGAUCACAUGUCAUCUGUAUCUUGGAUAUCUGUAGUUUGGGGAACAAUAAAGCAGAAGUCUAUUUGCACAAAAUUUAUAAACCAAAUAAAACUUCUUAAAAAUUGGCAAAUUUAAGAAAUUACUAAAGGUUAUAAAUAAAGAAUUGCUUUAAAGAUAUUCUGUCAUUUUGUUUGUGAUUUCAGUAACCAUUUCUCAGCAAGAAUAUUACAUAAAUUCUAAAGUUUUUGGAGCUACCACACUUCAUUUUAAAUUCAUUACUUGAAAAGAUCAUCAAAACAAUUCUUGUGUAUCAAGAAAAUUCAUGUUACUUGUUUCUAUAUGAGUAUUAUCUUGACUUAGAAUUUGUGUUCACUGUUCUAUUUGUAAAAGUGUCCAUCGUGACCAACUUUGCCACCCCCAGGGACUGUAGCCCACUGAUUCCUCUGUCCAUAGUGUUCUCCAGGGAAGAUACUGGAGUGAGUUGCCAUUCCCUUCCCUGUGAUCAUCUUCCCGACCUGGGAUGGAACCCAGGUCUCCUGCGUUAGCAAGCAGAUUUUUUUUUUUUUUUAACCAUCUGAGCCACCAGGGGUGGUUAUUUGUAUAGCCAUUUUAUUCUACAGCCUCAGCAUUAAGGCAUCCCAACUUACAAGAGUUUUCUUGGACAUUUUUCAUGGACAUUUAGCAUCUUUCCAUUUUUAAUUGGGUUAUGAUGGAAUUCUCCCAUCCAAGUUCUAACCAGAAGCUUGUGGUCACAUGCUAACCAUACUCUGACCCUGCUUAGCUUCUGAGAUUGGACAACAUCAGGCACAGACAGGUGGUAUGGCCAUAGACUACAGUGGAAAAUUCUAAAUUGCUAAUUUGAGGAUUACAUUCCUCUAAAGCAGUCAACCUGCAUUUCUCAUAACCGAGGUAGUUCCUGUCAUUUUCAAAAGCACGUGUGGAUUGUUAUAUUCCAGUUGCCUUGGCCUUUAGUUUGGUCAGCUGUACAACAAGCAUACUGAAUUCAGUUGUCGUAAGGUUUUCCACCCUAUUGUGACUUCAUACCCUUUGAAUUUCUAAAUGUUAUGACCAGUGUGUGGUCUUUUGUUCUUAAAAUUGUGUUUAAAGUUAAUUAAAAUAGUGAAUCCUCCUCGUGUUAAAAUUUUGAAUGUAUUAUUAAAGAAGUUAAAACUUGU